AUGUCGACGCUCCCGGAGCUCCAAUACACGCCCGUCGAGGCCAUUCCCUCGACCGUCAACCUCCUCCGCACCACCUUCAGCACCCAGAAGACCCGCGAUGUCGAGUACAGAUUGAAGCAGCUGCGCAAGCUGUAUUGGGGGCUGAAGGACAACGAGCAGCUUAUCCUUGAGGCCUGCAAGAGUGACCUGAACAAGUCCUCCUUCGAGACGUACCUGGCCGAGUACGGCUGGGUCCUGAACGACAUCGUUUUCGUCCAGAACAACCUGCCGAAAUGGGUCAAGGACGAGAAGGCGCCGGACAUCCCUCUCGCGAACAAGCUCCUUUCGCCGCACAUCAGAAAGGAGCCAUUGGGCACCGUCCUGGUCAUCGGCGCCUACAACUUCCCCAUCCAGCUUUCCCUCGGGCCCGUCAUUGGCGCCAUCGCCGCCGGCUGCACCGUCGUGCUCAAGCCCAGCGAGAAUGCUCCCGCCGCCGCUGCCGUCAUGGAGAAGGUGAUGCGCGAGUCGCUCGACUCCACCGCCUACACCACAGUCCAGGGAGGCGUUGCCGAGACGACGGCCCUGCUCGACCAAAAGUGGGAUAAGAUCUUCUACACGGGUGGCGUGGGCGUGGGCACCAUCAUCGCGAAGAAGGCGGCCGAGACGCUCACGCCCGUGACGCUGGAGCUGGGCGGCAAGAACCCGGCCAUUGUCACCAAGAAUGCCGAUCCCAGGCUGGCCGCGCGCCGGUUGCUUUGGGCGAAGCUCCACAAUGCCGGCCAGGUCUGCGUCAGCCAGAACUACAUCAUGGUCGACCAGGAGAUCCUGCCGGCGCUGCUUGCCGAGCUGCGGACGGCGUAUGACGAGUUCUUCCCGCAAGGCGCGCGCAAGAGCCCGGACUACAGCCAUAUCGUGAACGAGAGGCAAUUCAAGAGGCUGAGGAAGAUGCUCGACGAGAGCAGUGGCAAGAUCCUGAUGGGCGGCACUAUGGAUGAGUCUGACUUGUUCUUUGAGCCCACCGUUGUGCAGGUCGAGAGCCAGAACGACAUCUUGAUUUCCGAGGAGAGUUUCGGUCCUUUGAUUCCCGUUCUACCAGUCAAGGACCUCGAUGAGGCCAUUAAGAUUGCCAACGAGGUCCAUGACACCCCGCUGGGUGUUUAUCCUUUCGGUACUAAGAAGGAGACGGAGAGAGUCCUCAACGAGACCCGUUCCGGUGGUGCCUCAGUCAACGACGGUUUCUUCCACGCGUCGAUCCCCACCCUCGCGUUCGGCGGUGUCGGCACCAGCGGGCAGGGCGCCUACCGUGGCCGCGCCUCGUUCGACUCCUUCACUCAUCGCCGGUCCGUGACGACUACUCCCGGCUGGAUGGAGUCCCUCCUCGCCGUCCGCUACCCGCCGUACACGGCUGCGAAGCAGAAGCAGUACAAGCAGAUGAGCGAGCUCAAGCCCAACUUCGACCGCAACGGAAACGCGAAGACCAACUGGCUCCUCGCCCUCGCGGGCCUGGGCGCGAAAGGUAAGGGCGGAGGCCUCAUGAGGUGGCUGAUUGUGCUUCUUGUGGCCGUUGGUAUCAAGCAGUACCGUGAAAGGGCGCUCCUGUAA